UCUCCCACCUCUGCCUGCUGCCUCUCGUAUAGCUGCCGUCAGGAGCCGACUGCCUCUGGGGCUGGAAUCCUGUGCUCCCUCUGUACCCAGGUAAGGAGGCAGUGGCCCAGGGGCUGAGCGGCCUAGCACCCUCUCUGGACCCACAGGAGAAGGCAAAGUUUUACCAGAACUCCACGAUGUCCGCCAACGCCACGCUGAAGCUGCUCUGUCCCAUCCUAGAGGAGAUGAGCCAUCUCCGGAGCCACAGCAACACCAGCAUCCGCUACAUCGACCACGCGGCCGUGCUGCUGCACGGGCUGGCCUCGCUGCUGGGCCUGGUGGAGAAUGGAGUCAUCCUCUUCGUGGUGGGCUGCCGCAUGCGCCAGACCGUGGUCACCACCUGGGUGCUGCACCUGGCACUGUCUGACCUGUUGGCCUCUGCUUCCCUGCCCUUCUUCACCUACUUCUUGGCCGUGGGCCACUCGUGGGAGCUGGGCACCACCUUCUGCAAACUGCAUUCCUCCAUCUUCUUUCUCAAUAUGUUCGCCAGCGGCUUCCUGCUCAGCGCCAUCAGCCUGGACCGCUGCCUGCAGGUGGUGCGGCCGGUGUGGGCGCAGAAUCACCGCACCGUGGCCGCAGCGCACAAAGUCUGCCUGGUGCUCUGGGCGCUAGCGGUGCUCAACACGGUGCCCUAUUUCGUGUUCCGGGACACCAUCUCACGGCUGGACGGGCGCAUCAUGUGCUACUACAACGUGCUGCUCCUGAACCCGGGGCCUGACCGCGACGCCACGUGCAACUCGCGCCAGGCAGCCCUGGCAGUCAGCAAGUUCCUGCUGGCCUUCCUGGUGCCGCUGGCGAUCAUCGCCUCGAGCCACGCAGCCGUGAGCCUGCGGCUGCAGCACCGCGGACGUCGGCGGCCCGGCCGGUUUGUGCGCCUGGUGGCGGCCGUCGUGACGGCCUUCGCACUCUGCUGGGGGCCCUACCACGUGUUCAGCCUGCUGGAGGCGCGGGCGCACGCUAAACCCGGGCUGCGGCCGCUUGUGUGGCGCGGGCUGCCCUUCGUCACCAGCCUGGCCUUCUUCAACAGCGUGGCCAACCCGGUGCUCUACGUGCUCACCUGCCCCGACAUGCUGCGCAAGCUGCGGCGCUCGCUGCGCACAGUGCUGGAGAGCGUGCUGGUGGACGACAGCGAGCUGGGUGGCGCGGGAAGCAGCCGCCGCCGCCGCCGCAGCCCCUCCACCGCCCGCUCGGCCUCCUCCUUAGCUCUCAACAGCCGCCCCGAGGAACCGCGGGGCCCCGCGCGCCUCCUCGGCUGGCUGCUGGGCGGCUGCGCAGCGUCCCCGCAGAGGGGACCCCUGAACCGGGCGCUCAGCAGCACCUCGAGUUAGAACCCGGCCCAGGUAGGGCAGCGCUCACACGCUCACUAGGGCACCGCGGUUCAACUUGAUAUCCGGACUCCAGCCGCAGUGAUCAAAGUCGGAGGGGCGGGACCCAGGCAUCUGCAUUUUAAAGUGCCCCGGAGACUCUUUAAUCUUUUUCAGAAACAGUGAGUUAAAGCAGUGCUUCUCAAACUUUAUGUGCCUGUGAAAAACCUAGGGGUCUUGUUAAGUGCAGGCUGAUUCAGGAGGCCGGGGCGGGUGCUGAGAGUCUGCAUUUAACAAGCUCCCAGGCCGCGAAGCCAGUGCGGCAGGUUCACAGAGGAGGCCUGGAGUAACACAAAGUGAAAGUCAUAAUAGACUUCUCACACUAGGGCAGUGGAGUCGGAAGGGCACACGGGCGUCUCCCUGGAGCUCAGUUUUACCAGAUGAUGGGAGAGGGAGUUUUAUGUUAAACCAGCUAUGUAUUUUUGGAGAAGAGAGAGGAAAGGUUUGAGAAGCACUGUUCCAGUCGGCCCUCUUCAUUUAGCCAAUGCUUACUGCCCUAGACGCUUUAUCCCACAAUCUUAAGGAGCAGCUUCUAUUAGCCAGUCUUUACAGCUGAGCACAUUCUGGCUCAGGGAGGUUAAGUGACUUACUCAGUUUCAGGACUAAGGACCACAGGGGUCUGCACUGUAACCCUAAGCAUCACAUGCUCAAUGACUCUGGUGAGCGAGGACAUUCUCUGACUUACUAGAGGGACUUAAGAUGCUACCCUGUGACCCAGCACUGCCCAAAGUGCUUCCAAGGCAGAAGAAGCAGGGGAUGGCAUAGUCAAGCACUCAGGAAACCUGGGGCUAAUCAAAUCCAACAGGGGAAAUGACUAAAAGUCUUCGGUCUUUAGAAUUUGAAUGGGCACAGCAACUCCGAGACUACAGCACAUGUCAUUUCUUAGCUGAGCUGACCAGCCUCCCUGCAGGUGUGGUAUUCUGUGGGAUACCACUGGGUAUCCUCUGGGCACUGGUAAUCCCAAGAUCUGUGCAGCCCCCGCCUCCAGGCUGCAUGGGGCUGGGCAGCUACCAUUUCCCAUUUGUGGGUAGGAGGGGUAACUUGCAUUUCUGACCUACCACUUCCACUGCACCGCGUCUCAUUCCUCCAUCUGCCAUGGACUUGGGGUCAGAGACUGCUGGGUUUGAGCUCUGCAGCCCAGGGACUGAAAAACUGGUGCCAGUGAAUUCUACUUGGUGGAUGAAAUGUCAGUGGAAGAAGCAGAUGAGAAACUCUUGAGAUCUUGGUCCUGUGUUUUUUCUGCCACCAAAGCCAGGGUCACUGAAGGCCUGGUCCACAGCAGGUGUUGAGCAAAGGAAACAGUGAGGUGCCCAGCUAGCUGCACAGCCACCCUGUGUUGACACCUCACCCCUGCUCCCUCCCAUCCCUUCUCCCUUUACUCAUAGCACUUCCCCCAUCGGACACGUGGUGCAUUUUGUUUACUAUGUUUCCUCUCCAUUAGAAUGAAAGCUCCUUGAGGGCAGGGACUUUGGUCUAUUGUCUGUAUUUGCUGGUGCCUAGGAUUGUGCCUGUAUGCAACAGGCACUCAAUAAACAUUUUGCUGUAGACUGGA